GUCAGCCCCCGGGAGAGGGCGAGGGAUUCUGGGCUUGGGAGACCUGUUAAUCAAUCCACCGUUGCGGCUGCAACCCGUGUACAUUGCGGAGAGAACAAUGCAAAAAAAAAGAAGCUUAACAGUUCUAAAAAUUAAUUUAAAAUUGAUUUGCUACGUUGAAUGAGAAUUGCCAGACAUUCUGUUGAUGUUUGCAACACGGAGCGUCCUGCGAGCCGUGAAACACUCUUCAUCCUUCUCUUGUCAACAGUCAGACCCUACAAUGAAGACGUUUGUUAAUCCUGAUGAAGGGUCUCAGCCCGAAACGUCGACUGUACCUCUUGCUAGAGAUGCUGCCUGGCCUGCUGUGUUCACCAGCAUUUUUUGUGUGUGUGACUUAAAUAUGUAUGUUAUUUUGUUGUUAUUCUGUGCAGUUUUAUGUCAAAUAUUUUGUAAAACUACAUAAGCUGUCCCAUGUAUGCAUUCAAUGCGCACACACUUUUGUCGCAGGAAAAAAAUUUGCACAACAUAAGAUUUUUGCGCACACUGGCUACUAAAAAUUAGAGGGAACAUUGCCUAUAGCAUGUGUUUUUUAUUGAAAUGAUUGAACUGUAUCUUAUGGCAAUCUUCCAAUGUUCUGUUAUUAACUAAAUGACAGUGUAUAAACUAAAUGACAGUGUAUAAUUUAGUCUGGACUUGGAACUAAAGUUUCCCAGGCUCUCUGGCCAAACAAACUUUUGCUGUCUCAGUCUUCGACAGUAAUUGCUUUGAGACAUCGCUUCCUGCUUUUUUGGAUUUUUGUCAGGCGUCAGAAUAACUAACUUGUCGACGGUGGAGCGUUUGGUUCCUGAAGGCAACAUGACCUACAUGUUUGUGUACGGCACCCUCAAGAAAGGCCAGCCCAACCACCACUACAUGGUCAGUGAAGCCCAGGGGAAGGGGCAGUACUGUGGCAUCGGCGUUACAGUGGAGAGGUAUCCUCUGGUGGUUGCGGGAAAAUGUAACAUUCCCUUUCUGCUCGAUGAACCGGGAUCAGGACAGCCGAUCUCUGGCGAGGUUUACACGGUUGAUUCUCAGCUGCUGCAGUUCCUGGAUGAGUUUGAAGGCUGCCCUGAACUUUACCAGCGCAAACAGGUGGCGAUCCGCGUGCUGGAGUGGAAAGCUUCUGACAAGACGCUGAGUGCUCAGCCAGACGCUGACGGAAUACUGCCGUGCUAUCUGUACUGCACAAACACAUUCGAAAGAGAGUGGUUAAAGCUUCCCAACUAUAGCGACUAUGAUGCCUUUGGGAAGUUUGGGCAGCCAAAGUAUGUUUUGCGGGAAUGUAGGUAAAUAUAAGUCUUAAGG